AUGCUAGCAUGGCAGGACGGCGGGGCCAAGGCGGCUCCCUCCCACCACAAGAUCUCCUUCUCGGUUCUGGACAUCCUGGACCCUCAGAAAUUCACCCGCGCUGCGCUCCCAGCCGUGCGCCCUGCUCCCCGGGAAGCCAAGAAAAGUUUGGCAGAGGCCGAAGCAAGGAAGGACUCCAGCCGGCACCCGGCCCGGCAGCGACAGACGCCUGAUGCUGCGGGCCGAGGCGCCGGCUUGGCGUCCCCCCUGGAGGGCUCGGAGGCGGAGGAGGCGGAGGAGGAGGACGUAGAGGACGUAGGGCGGCGGCGGCGGCGGGAGCGGACUGCGCGCCUGCAGGAGGCCCGGACGCGCUCCCCCGAGGCCCGGGCCGCGGCAUCGGUGGCGGCGGAGAGCAGCGCAGGCGGCCUCGCGGGCUCCCCGGGCUCGCCGGGCUCCCCGCGGCCCCGGCGCCGGCGCUCAGAGCCCAGCUGCUCCAAGCCGCGGCGCGCGCGCACCGCCUUCACCUACGAGCAGCUGGUGGCCUUGGAGAACAAGUUCCGGGCCACGCGCUACCUGUCUGUGUGCGAGCGCCUGAACCUCGCGCUAUCGCUUAGCCUCACUGAGACGCAGGUCAAAAUUUGGUUCCAGAACCGCAGGACCAAGUGGAAGAAGCAGAACCCCGGCGCCGAAGGCGCGGCGCAGGCGGGAGGUGGCGCGCCCCAGCCUGGGACUUCGGCGGGGGCGGGGGCGGGCGGCGGCGGCGGCGCGGGGGCCAGCCCGGGUCAGCUGGGCCCGGCCGCGCAUCCUUUCCAGACUUUCCCCUCCUACUCGGCGGCCAACGUCCUCUUCCCGGCCGCCGCCUCCUUCCCGCUGACAGCCGCCGCCGCCAGGGGCUCCUUUGCGCCCUUCCUCGGGCCCUCCUACCUGACCCCUUUCUACGCCCCACAUUUAUGA